AUGGCUGCUCCCGUCUCACAAGAGGAGUUACCUAUCCUGGAGGCACUUAUCAAGUUCGUCGUCUUUACCUGCUCUUCUGCCUACGGGACCCGGAUGAAGGGAAAUGAGAGAGUCUGGGAGCCAUACUUCUGCUCCCAAUACAUCCGAAAUCGACUGGCCGUGCUCAAGAAAGACCGCGCAGAAUACAUUAAGGCGUCUGAUGUGAAUUCUCUAUACCAAUCCGUGGUCAAGCAAGUGACAAAACUGAACGACGUUCGAGACGAGAAUACGACCUACAACAACCGACUGGACACUACCCUCGCCGAUGUAUUCAGCUUACUCUCACUGUUUUACCUCACGAUCGGGAAAACGAGGGAUACCCCGGCGACGUAUUCACAGAUCGCGUCUAUGCGGCAAAUUCUUCGACAUAUGGACGAGUCGGCCGUCUACAACGAAGCAGACCUAGCCCCCUUCAGGCGACGGGUGGGAGAGCUGCGGCAAAUAGUGCAACAUGAGAAACACCCCAAUGCUGUCACGAAGCUCCUUGACCGCCAACUGAACGAAUGUGACACCAAGAUUCACGCGCUGGAGGAGUCUCUCAAAGUGUUAUCGGUGGAACUCAUCCCAAUUCACGAGAAACUGGUCACUAUCAGGCGACAGCUAGUUGCACUGGCAGCGAAAGACGCGCCACACAAGGCGGAGUUAAAGCCUUUGCAGGAGGAACUGAGGAAGAUUGACGCGCAGCGUGUUGACGGUAAGUUUCUUGGGCCAGGGGGCAUCGUACCCGCCUCCCAAGCGAUCUGUUCGGCCCUUCUCGAAGAAUGCUUCGAUAUUGCUCAGGAAAUCAAAGCUCAUGAAGACUCGCGGCAUAUUGUAGAGGCUCUGAAGCCAAUCCACGAACGGCUGGCCGAGAUUCGGGCGGAGUUGGAGAGCCUGGUUAUGACACAUCGCUGGACGUUGAGGGAGACAGAUCUGUGGAACUAUUCGUCCGCGCUGCACGAAAUUGAUAAGAUGAGGGUGGAUGGCAAGUUUCUCGACGCAGAUGGUGGGAGGCCGGGGGGUCAAUAUAUUCUCUUAUACCUCCUGCGACGGUGUUAUGGGCUGAUCUACAGACUGCUAUCAUCUAGCGAGCCUGUGUCGGAAGAGCUCAUGCCCAUCGCCAACAAACUGUCGACAGUGAAGAAAUGUUUAAAUGAAGUCCUCAAGUAUGGGGGAACCUUUAGUGCCCGGGAUCUUUAUCCAUACCAACUUGCACUUUUUCAAAUUGACUCGAUGCGCAAAGAGGGCAAGUUUGUGGGUUCAGACGGAUCGAUUCCAGAAGGCCAGGGCACGGUUAUGGCGCACUUGAACGAAUGCCACGAAUUGUUGGAGAUGUUGAAAGAGUCGAUGGAUGAAGAUGAGGAGGAAUACGAUGAUGAGGAGGAGUAUGAUGAGGAUGAUGAUGAGGAGGAUGAUGAGGCGUUUUCCGGAUAUAGUCUGAAACGACGGGCAACGCCUCCACCAGAUAGUGACGAGGACAGUCAAAGCGAUGGUGGAACUGGAUGA